GUUGAUGUCAACUCCUUCCUGUCUCUCCUCUCUGCCUCCUGUUCAUCUCCCCAUCUCUCUAACUCCCACGUUCUCGUGUCCUCCCACUCCGUCAAAAUGGCCGACUUCACCGCAAUCGCUCAGCAGUUCGUGCAGUUCUACUACCAGACGUUCGACUCGAACCGCCAGACUCUCGCCGGCCUCUACCGCGACCAUUCUAUGCUCACCUUCGAGACCUCUUCCACUCAGGGUGUUGCCAACAUUCUUGAGAAGUUGACUUCUCUUCCCUUCCAGAAGGUCCAGCACCAGAUCGCCACCUUCGAUGCUCAGCCCUCGAACGAGCAGGGCGGUAUCCUGGUCAUGGUUACCGGUGCUCUCUUGGUCGACGAGGAGCAGAAGCCCAUGAACUACUCCCAGACCUUCCAGCUCCUUCCCGACGGACAGGGCAGCUACUUCGUCCUGAACGACGUCUUCCGUCUCGUCUACUCUUCCUCGUAAAUACCGCGAACUGAAGAUGUUGAAAUUGGACAAGAUAGUGCCGGAUCGAACAGGAUGAGGAGGUGGAUUGGAUUGAGCACCGAGCCAAGUGGUGGAGCGAGUCAUGAUGACUCGUUGGCUUGAAUAAGACGGAGAACAUGCACAUGUCUUGCCAUGUCGUGGCACGUGCCAGUUAGAUCUUUUUAACGAAAAUAAUGAGAACCAGAGGUCGUGG